AGCUGAUGAUGACUCGAGGGUUGAAGAAACCCGAGCAAAGCUCACAAUUAGCCCGGCUUUCGGAGCAGAUCAGCCAUGGGUGCGGCAGCCAGCAUCAAACCUAAGGAGUCUAAGGAUUUGGAUGAGAUGCGAAGUUACUUGAAGCUGCCACCUCAAAGGAGCUAUCGGGUCGUUUCCCUUGAAGAUGAGGUCGUUCGAGAAGUGGCGGCACGGAUCGCUGAAAAAAAGCAACGAAGCUAUCGAGUUACCUCUCUUGAUUUGGAGGUACUUGGGACCCAGUUUCAGCUUGAGAUUGAGUCUGAUAGUAACAGCCCAUGCAGCCCGAAAGUGAGCAUGUCGCCAUCUCAGUGGUCUACGACAUCUGACUUCCCAGACACAACAUGUCAAUCGUGAUCACUUCGAGCCUGGCGAUCCUGGCCAGACAUCUACAAUACAUCUCCGACGUCAUCCAGCGCUGCACUGAAAUGGUGUCUUCUUUAGAUUUUCAGCACCGCAGGAUCACAGUUGAAUAGAUAGAAGCCAGUCAGCCCAUGUACUUUGUUCAUCUCGUUGCCGACUUGUGCAGAGCUAAAGUCAGUUGUCCAGUGAUUCGAGCGGAUGCUUUUUGAGUAAUUUUCAAUGCUGGAAUUUCCUAAAGCAUUCCUUCCCUUCGCCUGCAAGCUCCGUCCCAACGUCUGGGGGAGCAGUGGCUUUGCAUCCCCAAACAGAGUGGAAUGUUCCUCCGACGUUCCACACUGGAGCAGUGUCGAAAACCUCCAAAGCAGUGCCUUUGGC